GAAACGUACGAAGUAGUUCAAAAGCGCGCUACCACAUUUCUUCGAUCAGUUGCUGAACAAUAAGAAUAAUAGAUAUAAUUAUGAAUGAUAUUAAUCGAAGAAGCACAAUAGCUGCCCGCUGAAUAGACGAAUAAUUGAUAUAUAUUAAAGAUAUAUCGAAGAUAAUUAUAACUGGAAAAACACUUGGAAGAACUCGAAUCGGCACACAAGAAUGGCGGUUAGGUUGCCGGAAAGCUGGAGGGUGACGGGUGGAGCCGAAGUUUGCCGAAGUUCGUCGAGGAGAAUCGAGAGCGUCGAGUGGUGUGGGGCGUACAUUCGUUAGUCGCACGCCGGUCGUUGAAUGGAGCGGGUGUGGAGACGCGUACAAGGUGCCGGGCGUCGCGGUGCCACAGCUCGCUGUGGUUGCCCUGUACAGCCGUGUCAGCUGCACGUGGACCAACGCGCGAAACGUGGAGGUGGUCGGAAAUCUCGUGGUGGACCACAGACGAUCGUGUGCAGUUGUCAGGUGCAGCCAUGUCCUGUACAUCCAGUACUGAUUAGGGUUCGUCGUACUCGACCCACGGUUGGCAACUGUGACUGUCCACCGGAAUCGCAGCCUUGCGUGCAUGCACAGCGAGCAUCAGCCGUACGAAGAAUCCGAAGAUGCGACUGUCCGGAACGACCUUGUCGGCACACAGCACCCGCUGGUACACGGCAUCGAGUACACUCCUCUUCACCUACUUUUUCCCAAGCAAGUCAGUCCACUUCGCAGCAACAACAACAGCAGCAGUGCGAGUGCGUCGAAAGAAUAAACUGUACCCAUACGGUCGCCGGGGAUGGUUCGCGCGAGUGCGAGUGCGGCGAGGAGGUUAAGCCUUGUUCGCACACGGUCCGACAACGGCGAUCGCGUCGUAGCUGCGAUUGCAGCGGUAGUGGCUCGCAACCGUGCAGCCACAAACCGCAACACGAAGGACGAAUAAAACGCGUUAAGUGUCGCGUAAGGCGUGCCGGUUGUGCCAUGGCCAGGUGUACCGCGGAACUCGCGAUGCUUCACCUUCACUGGGGUCUGGCGACCGAGUGUGCACCCUGUAAACCACGAGCGCUCACCCGACGGUUGUGCAGGAGGCAGCAGAGCGACAACGAACUCUACAGGAGCAACAGCUUCAAAUUCGAGCGCUUCGAGAGAACCAAAGACGAGUGCUCCACGCCGCUUCGUAAACAGGUAUCACUGUGCGACGAUUACAGUCUGCCAGUGGAUUUCGUGAACAAAAGACGUCCCGCAAGCGCUGCAGCUGCAACAUCCACGGUGCAAUGGGCCCUACCUAGUCCUACCAUUGAAAACGCGGAAGUGGAAGUUGUGGAACAGUAUAGCGAUCCAAGGGAUAGUAAGAACAAAGCGUACGUCGAGCCAGGAGCAGAAACAUCCUUGCCGACGAUUUACAGCAAAGUAAAUCUCAACUAUUGUCGACCAUACACUGAUCCUUCGGCCUCAGGCUCGUCCUGCGAGGAUGACGAUGAUGAUCGACAUCCAGACAUCAGGAAACGAAAGAACAGCGUGUAUGCUACUUCCUCGACUCGUGCGACCUCGUUAGACCGAGAGAAAGAGUUAAGCUUCACAGAUGCUGCGCUAGUGGACUGUGUAGCCCUGGUGCAUCUGACCGAUCAAUCGCCCACCGACUCCAAUCAACCAGUCCGUCAUCCAUCGCCUUAUUACUACGGCGACCUGUUCAAGGUACCUGAACAACUCAGCAAACCACAGCCGAAUAAGUAUAGGAAAAGCGUCAGUCUCGACGUACCGGGUGAACGGUCGAGAACACCCGGUAUACCGAAGAGGAAUUCGGUGGCAGGUGAUGGGGGAAGCUAUUCGUCUCAGCCGCAGCUUCAGCCGCAGCAGCAACAGCAGCAACAGCAGCAGCCGUUACAACCGCAACAACAUUAUCAAAGCGAGGAUCUAGUGAGCCCCACGUCGGGGAGCGAGCAUGCUGUCCCAGCCAGAAACGAGAUCCUCUCGUCGUGCAUCAUCACCGAGUGGGAUCACACCCUCAUGCCUCCUCAUAGAUUGUUAAGCCACGACCUGCCGACCACGGUAUGUACUUGCGUCGCAUCAGCUGAAGAGGAAGAGGAUGAGCUAGAUCAACGACAGCCGCAGUUAACGCGGCACCAAGUGCGCAAGCUACGACGUACACGAAGGAUAGAUCCGCAGCCGAUACUCGUCGAGGACGAGGACGACGUGGAGGGAGAGGACGAGGGCGAGGAAGAGGAGGAGGAGGACGUGGAGGUGGAGGAAGACGAGGAAGAGAUGGCUAGACAACGUCACCUCUACGAGACGGCCUUCGACUGCAAGGUCAAUAGGUCCGACGACGACCUCGACGACCUCGAUCGAGUUACCAAUCAUCCCGUGUUGCAUUCACAGAUGAGAAGCAACAGCGCGAUAGCAGUAAGCAGAACGAGUUCGUCGACGGACACGUCGAAGCAGCAGCAACCGCAGCAGAUCCCUUACGCUGGUCAGUCCCACAGCAGCAAAGAUCGACGCAAAGUCGUACUUCUCCGCCCAAAACCAAUUCCGAGCCGACUUCAACAACAGCAGCAGCAGCAGCAGCAGCAGCAGCAGCAACAGCAACAACAGCAAUCAGACAAUAUUUCUACUCUGUCCCAGGAUAUCGAAUCCCUCCAGAUCAAUUCGAGCGACGAGAAAACCGGCUCGCCGCGGUUACCCGCCAGAGGUUACACCCCGUCGCCUCCAUCCACGGCUCCGUUGCCUGCCAAGUUCCAUGGCAAUCGAGACCAUUUGCUGUUGAAUAUUCGCAGCACGCCGAACCUACCCUCUCAGCCAGACCAUCCGCGUCUGAAGGACCUGAGAUUGCCGGUGAAAUCUUUGCUGAGAGCGAAGGACUCGCCGCAGAGCAGCGAGGGUAGCAUACUGGAGAUCAAAAGUAGACCAAAGAGUUUUGCUCAAGACAACGUGGAGUCGUCGCAGGGACGACGAUUCGACAAGGAACUGAUACUGGAGUUCAAAGGUAGGCCAAGAGAGGAGAGACAACGACCUCGCAGUCUGAUACGCGAGAGCAAACCCAUCAUGGAGUUCAAGGGCAGGCCCCACGAGGCCGAGAGCGAUCUGUUGCGACCACGCCGUGAGGUUGGACUUUUGGAAUUCAAAUUGCGGACCACUAGACGCAGAGCGGGAUACUCCAGCACAGAAAGUAUGGCUACCAGCAGCAGCGGGGGGAGCAUGGAGUCUCUUCGAAGCAGUACCAGCGAGGGUAACAGAUCGACGAGCAGCUCCGAGAGUCGUCACAGCACCAGUUUGAGCUCCCAUAGUUCCGACAGUGGCAGCACCAACUGCUACCACCAUCACCAACAACCAUCCAUGACUGGUUUUUUAACCCACCAUGCGAAUAAAUUACACAUACUCUCGCCAAUAUCUGACAAAUCGUCCCAAGAACCCGCUUCAGAGACGUCCGAUAAUAAUCGCAACAACAAUUCGCAAAAAGCCUCACCGGAAGAGAACGUCACCACGGAGAACAACGUGACCGUGUCGAAUAAUACAAAUACAAACACCAAUACGAACACGAACACUAACACGGCCAACACGAACACGAAUUCCGUGACCUCGCCGAUGGACACGUCGUUCAAGAAACGUCGCACACCGCAGAACAAGAAUCUCAUUAAUUUGGCCCUGCAAUCCUCGUCGUCGGGCGAUGCGGAGAUUCAAGGAUCGGACAGUGGCAUCUCGAUCGAAUCGCGUGCUGGGAUCAAGUGCAAACCCUUUGGCUUUCACUUGUUGAAGCCGCAGUUGGAUAACAUCAAUCUUGUCGACAAUGAACCGGAGCUGUCCGAUCUACCUUUUGACAUGCCGAAACUACGGAGGAGACGAUUGCUUAUGCAACAAGACGCCACUACGUCUGGCAGUGCUACCAGCGUGGAUUUGAGAGAUUUGCCGUUUGACAUGCCGAAACUCAGGAGAAGGCUCAGAUGCAUGCAGAGCACGGAAUCCAGCGGAUCGCAGGCGUCUUCCAGCCUUUCCGUGCGGGACGUCGAACCACCUGCGUUGUUCGGCGGCGGUCUGGCGCGUCCGAAGAUGACACUGAAUCUGGACGCUGGAAACGGUGUGAACAACGGUGGAAACGGUGGUGGUCAGAUAGCGCCGAAAAAACCUGGUGGUCUCAGCCUUGGAUUGCCGCUGGAGAUUAAUACAGCCAGAGGAUCCGCUGAUCUGGUUGACGUGGACCUCCCUCUCGAGAGACAGGGAUGGUACCACGGAUCCAUCACGAGAAUCGAGGCUGAAGCUGUCCUACGUCUUCUGAGGGAAGGAAGUUACUUAGUGAGGAACAGCGAGUCGACCAAACAAGAUUAUUCCUUGUCACUGAAAAGCGCCCGUGGUUUUAUGCAUAUGCGUAUCCAGAAAAACGAGGAACUGAACGCUUAUAUUCUGGGACAGUUCAGCAAGCCUUUCGACAGCAUACCGGAAAUGGUUCGCCAUUUUAGCGUGAACCGUCUUCCAAUACGCGGUGCCGAGCACAUGUGUCUUCUGCAUCCGGUCAUAGCUCAGCUUUUGUAGCGCAUCUAUCGUAGCGCCGUUUAAGGUGCUCCCAUUUUUUGAUAUCCCCUUUACCUUCGAGAAUAACAAAGAACCUGGAUAGUGUCCUGGAAAAGAAUACCCUCCGAAAAGAAUCGUCGAUGCUUGUAUAAAAGAACGGGAGGGUAUCGUUGUGCAUAGAUAUAAUUUUCCAUUGGAAAAUUUUGGAUAGAAAACAGUUAACACGUUGAUUGCCAUGGGGUUUAAAUAAAUUUCGUCAUAAAUUAAGGUAAUUUUGAAAGAGAUAGUACAUGUUUUUAAUAACAUCUCGAAAUCAAAUAUUUUAAUAAUAUUGAAUAUUAUAUUUAACGAUUUAUGUAGUUGAUAAUCUUUUACAGAACACGUAAUUAUUACAACUUAGUAUUUUGAAAAUAAGAUUUUAGCUUGUGGUCCAUCUUUUUUUCAUUAUGAUGGAUAAGAUAAAACGCUUUUAUUAAAAUCAUACUAGAUAACAGAAUAAAUAUUACAGAAUGCAGUGUAUACCAAGUAGUAUGAAUACAAUACACUCGCGAUUAAAUUAAGCUUUCAUAGGGAAAAUAAGAAUUUUCAAAAUCUUAAUAUUAAAAAAGAUUAAGAAAAAAUAACUUUUAAUUAUUAAAUAUUAUAAAAUUUAGCAUAUAAUUGUAAAAUAGUGGUGGGGAACCACGGACCUACAUAUAUUAUAUAUGAGGUCUCCUCCUCUACAUCGUCAUUCUUCUCGGGAACGCCUAAGGGGUGAGACGGGAAUCCGGUCAUGGGUCAGGAACCCCGAGACCCCGGAGUCUGAGAACUCGAGGAAGCCUACGGAGAAAGUCGGAACUCGGAAGUCCGUGAAAGCCGGGGGAGGAUCGCUAUCUUUCCUGAGGAAGCCUGAUUUCAUCUCGAGUAUACUUAUUCAAUCCAUCUAUACCUGAAUUAUUAUAAUUUUCAAAGUAGGUACUAUUAGAAUUGAAAUAGUCUUCUAUUGUAUUUUAAUAGUUUCUUAUAAUUUCAUACGUCCGAACAGUUAACAAUCCACACUACCAUGUGCCAUAUUAAUAAUAAUGAAAUUUCCUAUGGCAAUCACCGUGUUAAAAAGUACUUCGUACUUCCAUAGAACUUUCACUGAGCCUCGAGAUCCAUUCGGGGCUGUUUAACAACAAAUUUUCCGAGCUUCCAGGGUGAAUGUAAAGGUAAUAAAAAACAGUAAUGGAGUCGAACGGGAUGGACGAAACUAUUCACGGGGAAUAACACAGUACAAAGCGCGUAAUCGGUGAAAAAGUUUUCGUAGGCUUAGCGAGCAAUCCUUAAUGGAUAAUCUCAUUCAUUUACGUAACUUCUCGAGUAAAGCUUUAUUAGUGGCGCGAAGAUGAAAUUAGUCGUUGUAAGGUGUUUAAUUGCAAUGCUUCGAAACUAUUCCGACCGUAGCGACAAGCUCUCAAUGUCUAUCGAAGAAACGAACGUCUGCAGAAUCUGUCUCGUCUUCCCCCAGAAAGUAUCGCGCAAAUCUACCAGAGGUUUUGCACUUUAUUUUCCCGAAAUCGAUUGAUUACUUGCGCUUGAUUGAUCGGACAGGAUUUUCAUUUAAUUAGCACGACGAAUGGAAAUCCUGAAGAAGUACAAGACGGAAUAAAAGAAAUUCUGUAUUUUCAGAGAGAUUCUGAGGUUCAAAAUCGAAUGGUCGUUGUACGAACGACGGAAAUAAGCACCGUAAGAGCUUUAGAAAAACAAAAUGGUUGUUCCUUGUGCUCGUGGCUCACGUAAGCCGCGAGUUUCGCGUAAGAAAUUAUCGAUGGGAUCAGAAUCGCUGUACUACAAGCGGCUAAUCUAGCGAGGCGUCAGAUAACACGCGUACUUUAGAUUUAGGUAUACAGGUAGCUGGCCGGAAUGGCCUCUGCGACGGAGCUGGAAGCCAAAGAAAUGAGUUCAAUCGUGCGAGGAGACAGAAGGGUGAAGAUGGGGUAAAUGAACGAGCAAAAAGCGGUACGGCCACGAAUUAAAAUGCCAAAGUUUAUCGCUAAUCGUAAUGAUCAUUUUUAAUCAGGGUUUUUGUUGUCGUUGAGAAACGAUUAGGCUCGGAUCUGUAUGCUUGAUCGACAACGAGUUACUUUGUGUUUUUUUUUUGUUUUUUUUUUCGAUAUUGCGAAUCGAAUCGAAUUCGAAGAUGAUACAAUUUGUUCGUCCUUACUGAUCGGUAAGAGGAUUAAGUCGAAGGAGAAGAAAGGUCGAUCGAGAUCAGUGAAUCCGAACCAUCGAUGGCUCGUAAAUUCGAGUCAUCCGUCCGACAGGUCUCUUAUUUUUGAGGAGAUUUUUGUGAGCGGAGGCAACCGAUACAUAUUUUUUCAUGUGAUAUCAAUUUGUUACAGAGAUAGCCUAGUUUCACCUGUGAUCUGUUACUUAGUUCCCUUUUAUCCGUGUCUGUUGGUUGCUGUGUGCAAUAUUCUCGUACGGUACGAUUAUGACUAACGAUAAUAAGUACUACCUAAUGAUAAAAUAGGGUUUACGGUAAUAAACGGUAACGAUUUAACGGUAACGGUAAUCGAUUAAGUAACCUGCUAAUUUAAUUGGGUAAUCAGCAACGACGCGUAAUCAGUCGCGACACGAGAGACGUCCGUGGUGUUACAAUAAUUAUUUCACGAUAAGGAUUCGAUUGAGCGAACUUACCUUUCGUUAAUCGUUCGCUUCGUGGUGAAUGGUAAGCAAAGAUUCGAUUUAGAGAACCUAGAACUCAUGUAGCGAGUGCCAUGUAAUCAGAAUAGAAUCUCUUCCAUGAUUUCAAUCCAGAAUAAACACGUUCGCUGAAGGGAACAUUUUAAGUAAAAACUUACUUAAUUCAGCCAAUCAUUAUAAAUGGACAAAUGAAUAAUUUUACAAAAGUGAAAAUUAAUCAUGAUUCAAUUUUAUUAAUAAAUUGGCUUAAUAGCGAAUUCAAAAUUUGAUAUUAAUAAAAACCAAUGAAAAUUUAAUAUACACUAUAAAAAUGGAUAUUAAUAUACUCAGUGAAAGUGUUAACUGUUAUGACUUUUCGAAUUUACGUUUUGUUGAUUCUUUUAUUAUUUUCACCAACGAUAAAAAAAGCAGCUCGAUGAAAAUUCUAAAAGUCAUAACUUAAUUCGAAUCAUCGUGAAGUUUACAGAUAUGCAAUUAUUUAACUACUUCCAUUCGUUUGUUGAUUUCAUUGCUUGAAAUCACGCGUGAACGUGAUACUAGUCGUAGUGUGUUCAAUUUUGUUACCUGAAUUAUUACGUAGAGCUGUUUUUGCUAUUGUAUCCGGCACUCUCUACCAUUGUCCCUCGAUUAGGUUCGGUAUAAUUAUAAAUACACACGUUGUACGUUUAAGCUGCCAGUAUUAUUAACUGUAAUCGAUAAUGCAUAUCCAUGUUAAUGUUUAAGAGACAUUGUAUUGUACCCUGCUCCUUAACGAAUGAUUAUGAGCGACGAAAAAAGUAUACUCUUAUCUCUCUAUGUAUAUUUAUUUGACAUUAUAUUUAUUGCAUUGUGUCGUUAAGCAAAAAUGAUGUUGCUGUCAUGAUUCCGUGUAUACCGUUUCUUAAUCUUUAAGAUGAUAGCGAGAUAACUCAUGGUAAUCUAUUAGAGUAACUGGUAAUCAUAGUAAACGUAGAUUAAUAACGUCGUUUAAAUAUGACGAUGGAAAACGACGAAGUGCAGUCGUAAAUUAUGUGGUAGACACUAAACUUGUAGAUACUUCCUGUACCUUGAAAUUUAUAUGAAGUAGUGUUUAGAUCUAACGUAUACACACCAUUAUGUAUACACAAAUACUCUAUUAUUACCAAAAAAUACUAGCGUAUUAGUCGUUUAUAGAAGGUACAACCAGUGAGAUCGGAAAUGAUUGAAAGAGAAACGAACAGGUCCGAGAUGUAAUACACGUAUGGGCCGAUUGUGUAAACUGUUUUAUUGAUAAAACGGUUCUCGAACGGUGUAAUGUGCAAUAACGAAGAGCGAUCCGGUAUUUUUGUUCUAGCAUGACAGACCACCGAUGUUCCAAAUCGACUUCACUAGAUAGUCUUGUGUACUCCGAAACUCCCUCUUAAUAAUAAAACAUUUAAUAAAAAC